UCUCCCAGUGACCGUCGGAUCCAGACGGAGAGCGGUGAUGGCAGCCGGUCGGAGCAACACGUAAACACCGCCUUUACAUCCAGCCGCUGUGCCCGGGACGCUGCGGGGCAGGUAGCCUGUCACACCACGGCGGUGCUGCCGCCACAGACACGGUGGACCUACGGAGGGGUUCRUAACAGCUUCUCCCCUGCCUCUGUCCGUAAGGAAGACACUAAAAUCUACGCAUAAAAACAUUUAACAUGGACGAACACUCCGGCGGAGGAGGAGCAGCUGCUCCGCGGCAGCAGCAGCAGCAACAACCGGGGAGCAGCAGCAACGCUAAUCCGUCGAUUGGAGCGGUCAUGGUGCCCCAGCAGAACGAUGACCUACCACGGCCUCAGCAACAGUACACCAURCCCGGUAUCCUGCACUACAUUCAGCACGAGUGGGCCCGGUUUGAGAUGGAGAGGGCACACUGGGAAGUGGAGAGGGCCGAACUCCAGGCCAGAAUAGCGUUUCUGCAGGGCGAACGGAAAGGCCAGGAGAACCUGAAGAACGACCUGGUCAGAAGAAUCAAAAUGUUAGAAUAUGCUUUAAAGCAGGAAAGGGCGAAAUAUCACAAAUUAAAAUACGGGACAGAGUUAAACCAAGGAGAGAUGAGGAUGCCGAGCUUUGAAUCAGACACCAAAGAGUCGGCGGUCUCUGCCGUUCCUGCCAACAGUCAGCUGAUGUGGAAACAAGGGCGACAGCUACUCAGACAGUACCUACAGGAAGUGGGCUACACAGACACCAUCCUGGAUGUCCGGACUCAAAGGGUCCGGUCUCUUCUGGGCCUGUCGGGUUCGGAGCAGAACGGUUCUGUGGAGAACAAGAACCUGCAGCACCUGAUCAACGGGACGGAGCGGUGCAAAGACCCCAAGAGGAUUUCAAACGACAAUCUGGAGACGUUCAACUUCCUGGAAAACGCCGAGGACAGCGACGAGGAGGAGGAGGAUGAAGAGGGGGACCUGAUGGAUGACAUCAGCACGGACAAACACCAUCGAGCUAAAAAACACAAAGCUAACGUGGGGAACGAGGGCCUAGCCUCGGAGGAAGACGCCGACACGGAGGAGGCCCUGAAGGAGUUUGACUUCCUGGUGACGGCGGAGGAUGGAGAGGGGGCGGGCGAAGCUCGCAGCUCUGGAGACGGGACGGAGUGGGCCGAGCCGCUGCCGUUCUCCACAGGGCGGGGGAAGUCCUUCCUACUGGGCGGGUCGGACGACGUUCUGGAAAGCGUGCUGGGUCUGGGCGACCUCGCCGACCUCACCGUCACCAACGACGAGGCGGACUUCGGUUACGAUAUGUCCUCCAGCAAGGAGUCCACGUUCAGGAAGACGUGGAACCCCAAGUACACGUUACGGAGCCACUUCGACGGCGUGCGAGCGUUGGCGUUCCACCCCGUCGAGCCUUGUCUGGUCACGGUUUCUGAAGACCACACCCUCAAGCUGUGGAACCUCACCAAGACUGUCCCGGCUAAGAAAAGUGCCUCUUUUGAUGUGGAACCGGUCUACACUUUCAGAGGUCACGUCGGUCCUGUCCUGUCGCUGGCCAUGACCUCCAGUGGUGAGCAGUGUUUCAGCGGCGGCCUCGACUCCAGCAUCCAGUGGUGGAACAUACCCAGCUCCAACGUCGACCCCUACGACACUUAUGACUCCAGCGUCCUGGCGGGAUCAUGGGCGGGGCAUACGGACGCCGUGUGGGGAUUGGCUUACAGCGGCAUCAAGAACCGCCUCCUGUCCUGCUCCGCCGAUGGAACGGUGAAGCUUUGGAACCCGGCGGAGAAAGAACCCUGCAUCAGCACUUUCAACACAAACACAGAACACGGGGURCCCACCUCGGUGGACUUCAACGGUUGUGACCCCGCCCACAUGGUGGUGUCCUUCAACACCGGAGACGUGGUGGUCUACGACCUGGAGACCUCCCAGAUGGCACUGGUGCUGAAGGGUCAAGGCGACAGCAARGUCCCGGGUUUGAAUCACAUCAACAAGGUGGUGAGUCACCCCACGCUGCCCGUCACCAUCACCGCUCACGAGGAUCGACAGAUCAAGUUCUUUGAUAACAAGUCAGGGAAAGUGAUCCACGCCAUGGUGGCCCACCUGGACGCAGUGACCAGUCUGGCUGUGGAUCCAAARGGCAUCUACCUGAUCUCCGGCAGUCACGACUGCUCCCUGCGCCUGUGGAACCUGGACAGCAAGACCUGCGUCCAGGAGAUCACGGCUCACCGGAAGAAGAGCGAGGAGGCCAUCUACGACGUGACCUUCCACCCCUCCAAGGCCUACAURGCCUCUGCCGGAGCCGACGCCCUCGCCCGGGUCUARGUGUAGACGAGGAAYAGGAGGAGGAGGAAGACGACCGCAGGCCAAGAGACGGAGCAGGAACUAAAAACAGCAAACGGUCCAAUCCAGACCCAUCCAGUCCGGUCCCACGCAGCCAGGAUUCAGGUCUGAACCCAGAAUCUAAAGGGUCCGAACAGCCUGCAGGUGGAGUCAGCAGACUGAAACCCUGGAGCUGCAGCUGUGACGGCAGUCUGCACUGUCCAAACUUUAGUUUGCCCGUCUCCCACCGCCUCGUGUUUAACUGUAGUGCAAUCUCCUGAUCCAGACCAGACAGAUCCAGCAGCUUAAAGAAAAACUCCCCCGACGUCAGGAGCGUUGACGCACAUUUAUUCACAACAGCCGUGCUGCUUGCAGCGUCAUUAGCUUUGUUUUCACUACAUCUGUCACUUCGGCAGGAGCUUAAACUAAAUUAUGACUCGUUAUAAAAAAUAUUUAAAACAAUCAAGGCUGAAGCAGCUUGAUUUAUAAGUGUAGAUUAUUUUACUGUAAGUCUGAUGGAGGAAACAGGUUUUAGUGCUUUUAUUUUUGUAAUCASAAAAAAUAAAUCUGGUUG